AACAAAAUGAUUAAUGAUCGGUAUGUACAAGUUUAGUCUCAACCCUAUCACUCUCAAUUUCAUCUCAGUUUGCUGGCCUCGCUUAUGAUCAAUAAAUGUUUUUGUGCGUUGACGAGAAAAGACAAUGUAGAAUAUUAAGUGUUUCAUCCCGCUUACGUAUACAAUGUGUUAGUUUGUAUAGCCGUCGUGGCAACAGAAUAAUUGUGUAUUGCUUGCUUGAACUAAGUGCAGUGUAGAUAUCUUUUUGCGGAACAAUUUCAGGUUCCACGCGCUGGGAAACACGAACUUGUGCAGGCAGCUUUUCUUGCGGGUGAGAAAUAUGGCUACCCGUUCCAAUUGGUAGUACUUAUCAUUUAUUCGACGGCUGAGACUAGACAAACUGUUUUCUCUGGGGCAACAAGACAAGUUUGACACGCUAUUGAUUUAUUUUUAUGGAAGUGAUGAUAUAUCAGCGCAAGGACCGGAAGUUUCAAUCGGUGACCUGUACUGGUGUAACACCCUCUAGAGUGCUUCAAGCAGUUGUCGUCGAGUGCACAACAAGCUUUCACUAUGAUAAUUUAUAUAAAAGGAUCGCCCCUUCGGCUUCAAAAACAAAAAAUCGUUUUUAUCUGAUUGCAAACUUCACGCAAGGAGACAGCGAACCAAACGACAGUUGGUUCAGAACGUCCAAAUCAAAAGCAAUCUUGACACUGGAGGUGUGGAAAGGAGGGUGUCGUGAGUACCACCCCACAAGGCCUCUGUCUACGCUCAGGAUUUUUGCUCACCCAUCAAGGGAACAGAGUAUUAGCGGAAUGUGUUUAAAGCUGAAAACUAUAUUGUUACUAUGUUGACAAUUUUUUGUGGAAGGUUGUACAAUUAGCAU